AUGGUACUAUUUCUCCGCAAAAGUUACGGUUUGGUCAACAAGGUUGCAAGUCGGUUUGUUCAAGGCAGUUUUUUGUCCAGCACAAUGGGCAGCUCAUAUUCAAGAUCAUACUCCCCUAACAGCGGGCAAUGUCCACCAGACCCCGAAAAUCGAGGCACAAUAUCGCGCAUGGAGUCCAGCACGAAUUACGUUGAGUCCGUAGUAUGCAAAGAAAAUGACCUGAAGGAAAAUGAAAUGAAAGUUUUCGACAUUGGAGAAGAAGGGAAAGUAUUGCUUGUGAAGCAAAAGGGUGAAUUUAGCGCAGUGGGCACCACGUGUACUCAUUAUGGCGCACCACUCGUGUCUGGUGCUUUAGGAGAUGGAAGAAUUCGCUGCCCAUGGCAUGGAGCCUGCUUCAACAUAAAAACUGGAGACAUUGAAGACUUCCCUGGCUUCGAUUCGCUGCCUUGCUACCAAGUUACUGUAACGGAAAAGGGAGAAGUCAAGGUAAGGGCUAAGCGCACCGAUUUGAAGUCUAAGAAACGUAUCAAGGAUAUAGGCGUAGCGAACCAGUGCGACAGUUCUGUAGCGGUAAUCGUGGGCGGCGGCCCCUCCGGUGCCACCUGCGCUGAAACACUACGCAGCGAGGGCUACAAGGGACGCAUCACCAUGGUUGCCAAGGAGAACUACCUCCCAUACGACAGAAUUAAGGUCUCAAAGAUCGGUGCCGUCACAGAUAUAGAAAAACUACAAGCAAGGUCUCAACAGUAUUACGACGAAGCUAGCAUCGAGGUAAUCAAGGGGGUCGACGCUACUAAAGUCGACACCCAAGAGCAUAUUGUACACUUGAGCAAUGGAACCAAACUACGCUACAAUUCGUUAUACUUAGCUACUGGCUCCACUCCACGUGUGCCAGAUAUCCCUGGCAUAGAUUUAAAGAACAUAUUCACAGUUAGAAACUUUGAUGAUUCUGUUAACAUUCUGAACACGUUAGGAACCAACAAAGAUAAGGAUGUUGUGGUAUUGGGCUUGAGCUUCAUAGGAUUAGAAAGUGCGGCCUCUUGUAACGAUAAAGCCAAGUCGAUGACUGUAGUUGGCAAAGACACUACUCCGCUUGGACAAAUAUUCGGCCACGAGAUAGGAAGUAGUUUACAAAAAUUGUUCGAAAGUAAAGGCGUUAAAUUUCAGUUUGAUACCACUGUUGUCAAAUGUAAUGGUGAAAAUGGUGUGAUAAAAUCUGUAGAAUUGUCCAAUGGCACCACACUUCCUGCUGAUAUGUUGAUAAUAGGCGUGGGAACAACAUUUAAUACGGGUUUCUUGAGCGAUAGCGGAAUUAAAAUGGAGGGAAAUGGUGCGGUUACCGUAAACGAUAAGUUAGAAACCACUGUCAAAAAUGUGUUUGCGGGUGGCGAUAUCGCUUGUGCGCCCGUGUACGCUCAUGGUAAUAAAAAUUUGAGCAUCGGGCAUAUCGGCUUAGCUCAAUACCAUGGCCGUAUUGCUGCUUUGAACAUUUUAAAGAAAGAUACGCCAUUGAAGACAGUUCCGUUCUUCUGGACUCUAUUAUUCGGAAAGUCUAUCCGUUAUGCUGGUUGCGGAAAACCAGCAAGUACUCAGAUAGAAGGGGAUGUAGAUGGUCUUAAGUUUGUCAUCUUCUUCUUUGAUGAGGCUGAAAAAGUAAUAGCUGUUGCUUCCUGUAUGAGGGACCCAGUGGUCGCUCAGUACGCUGAGUUUGUGCACCAAGGUAAAACUCUUUACAAGAAGGACCUCAAAGAUGAUCCUUUUGCGUGGACGAAGAGCAAUUAG